GUACACUCAGUGUGUAUGUCACCCUCUCUGUGGUCCUCUCUCUCCAGGUGCCAGUGUCCAUGACUAUGUUGGCCCCCCAGAUGAUCAGUCCUCAGCAGAUGCAGCAGAUCCUGUCCCCUGCUCAGCUACAGGCCCUGCUGCAACAACAACAGGCCAUCAUGCUACAGCAGCUACAGGAGUACUAUAAGAAGCAGCAGGAGCAGCUGCAUCUUCAGCUUCUGACUCAGCAGCAGCAGCAGGCUGGGAAGCAGGCAGCCAAAGAGGUGAGACCCCUACUGAGUAGUGUUAUCAAGUGCACUCACAAGCACACGCGUACACAGCUGAAGUGGCCAACACGUGAGUUAGGGGGCCCAAGGAGGACUGAGAGGAAGAAGGACAAGCAGCAGGGCUGUGGACCUCCAGGCCUGGCGGUCCUCAACCUACUAGUUAGUUUGGGUAUGGCAGAAGUGAUGCUGGAAGAGUGUGUGUUUGCGUACGUGUUUGUGAGUGGUGCAUUGGGCUGGUCAGAAGUCAGCUUGAUGAAGUGA